GAUGAAAGGAUAGACAGAGUUGACGUGGAUAAGCUUUUUCCAUUGAGAGUAGAGAAGAUUCAAACAAGAGGACAUGAUUUGAGAAUUGAAGGACAGAACUUGAGGGGCAACAUGAGGGGGAACUUCAUUACUCAGAGAGUGGUAGCUGUGUGUAAUGAGCUCCCAGUGGAAGUGGUGGAGGCAGGUUCGAUUUUUUAUUUAAAAAUAAAUUGGAUAGGUAUAUGGACGGUAAAGGAAUGGAGGGUUAUGGUCUGAGUGCAGGUAGAUGGGACAAGGUGAGAAUAAGUGUUUGGCAGGGACUGGAAGGGCCGAGAUGGCCUGUUUCCAUGCUGUAAUUAUUAUAUGGUUAUAUGGUUAUAUGGCUAUAUAUACUCCCUCUAUGGCAAGAAUGGCUUUCCUCAGAUUAGGAGACCAAAACUGCAUGCAAUACUACAGGUGUGGUCUCACCAAGGCUCUGUACAACUGCAGUAGAAGCUCCCUGCUCCUAUACUCAAAUCCUUUUGCUAUGAAUGCUAACAUACCAUUCGCUUUCUUCACUGCCUGCUGUACCUGCAGCAGGCAGUGAGCAAUUAGCAAAUUAGCAUUAGCAAAAAACAAAGUAAAACAACAGAAACUUCUUAACGAGGCACAUACUGUCUCUUAUAAUACAUAAGGCUAGGGAAAUCCUGGGAACAGAAGAACAAAGGAGUACUGUUGGUGGUUUCGUGAUUUACAUAUGGUUAGGCUAUGGCCUUGAACAGAAUACAAUUUCAAGUCUGAUAAGGGGCAGAACCUAGAUGAGUGAUAACUCGAAAGAACAUUAGAAUUCUUUGAGAGAGCUUUGGGUUAGAACACAUACCUCCCUUUGUACAUACUUAUACAGCAGGAUUACAUUUUAUAAAACUACAUCAGAACAACAGCUCAGUCUCCAUUUUGUGAACUACAUCAGAUUUGACUGUAUUUAACUCUUUCACCAAGACGUGUAUGCUCUGGGAAUUAAUUGUCUUAGGACAAUUUCAUGUUGUCAUGGAAACCAUACUUGACAGUAUCUUUGUAAUCCAGAUUGAUGUUUAAUGAAGGAAAUUAACUCGUGUCCACUGGGUUCACAAUAUUCCACAAUAUUCACAUGGUUGUAAGGCCUGUAAUUUAAACGUACGACCACCAUAAAUAAGCUUUAAACUUUAUCUGCUAACAACUUUGGUUUUCAAGGGAUGGAUCCCUUCAGUAAUGUCCUCAUUGAUUACACGGUUGAUGUUGUUGAAAAUAGCAUUAAGGUACAGUUCAUUAGCAUGUUUGGAAAGGGAAGGUCCCUUCUUCCUCUUGGGAGAUGAUUCAAGGACAACAGUUUGCAUUGGAAUAGUUCAACCAAUCAAUCUGGUGAUUUUUAGAUCCCAUAGCCUCCAAUUGGCUACUUAAUAUCAGGUGACAGCAAGCUCUGUAGAAACUGGUUAGCUUGAUUGUAAUCAUGUAUUGUACACACAACAGUAAACUAAACUCAAACUCAAAAGCAGGUGCAUUGUUGACUGAGAGAAGACUUUGAUGCUCCUCAGCCACGAGAUCACGACUAAAAACAACCGAUACGCCACAGUGUUCUGUGUUGCCAACGUUUUCUGGAUACAGUGUAUUGUGUUGUGUGUUUUUGCAUCCCAUCAUGUCUACAAACUGCCCAUCUGUGUCUUCUGCUUCUGGUGAGAAGAAGAAGAAGACGAGAAUUCCUCUUAAGAUGAAACUCAAGAUAAUUGCCCUGCGUGAACGUGGCAAGCCAGUAAUAGCCAUCGCACGUGAGUUAGGAUUUCCACAAUCGACGAUCUCGACCAUCUGCAAAGAUAAGACGCGAAUCAGAGAUGCAGUGAAAUCGUCAGCAUCGGUUAAAUCCACGGUCAUCAGAAACAAAAAAGCUGGGCCGAUUGGUGAUAUGGAGAGAUUACUUGUCACAUGGAUGAAAGACCAGAUACAGAAGCACAAACCGCUCAGCUUAUCGACGAUCCAGGCUAUGGCAAGAGAUUUUUUCAAUACACUAAAAGAGAAUUCUGAUGAUCCUACGUAUCCACAAGUGUUUACAGCAAGUCCUGGAUGGUUCCAACGCUUCAAAAGGCGUAAUAAUUUUAAUAAUGUGAAGGUCAGCGGUGAGGCAGCAAGUGCCAAUACUGAAGGUGUCAAAGCUUUUAAGGAAGAGCUGAAUAGGAUAAUUGAGGAUGAGAAAUAUUUGCCACAACAAAUAUUCAAUGUCAAUGAAACAUGCUUGUUCUGGAAGCGUAUGCCAGAACACACAUACAUUCAUCAAGAGUCGAAGACAAUGCCAGGAUUCAAGACAUACAAAGACCGUGUAACGCUGCUUUUGGGUGGAAAUGUCUCAGGGUUCAAAUUAAAGCCUUUAUUAAUCUACCACUCAGAGAACCCUAGAGCAUUGAAGAAUGUGAGCAAGGAAACACUUCCGGUUCAUUAUCGCCAUAACAGGAAAGCCAUGAUGAUAUCAGCAUUGUUUGCCGACUGGUAUCUAAAACUGUUUUAUUCCGGAGGCAAGAGAAUAUUGUUGGGAAAACAAAAUCCCAUUCAAAAUUCUUCUGAUCUUGGAUAAUGCUCCAGGACAUCCGCAGCAUAUCGAGAACAUGCAUCCCGAUGUAAAGGUUGUGUAUUUGCCACCGAGCAUAACCGCACUCAUUCAACCAAUGGAUCAAGGCGUAAUAGCUACGUUCAAAGCCUACUAUUUAUGGCAAACGUUUGCGCAGGCUGUUCGAUCGACUGAAUCUGGCCGAACACUCCGAGACUUUUGGAACGGUUUUAACAUUCUAAAUGCUACCCGGAACAUCGCUGCAGCGUGGAAAGAUGUCACACAGCAAUGCAUGAAGGGUGUUUGGAAGAAAGUUAUGAAGACACAUGUGGAUACAUUCAAAAGUUUUAACAAAGAUUCUGCUGUUGAUAUCAUAGUAAGAAACAAGAUAUUGGUGCUUGGGAACCAGCUAAAGUUGGACAUUGAUGAAGAAGAUAUUCAUGAGCUUGUUGGCAUUGAGGCUGAAGAGCUUUCCAAUGAGGAUCUGAUCGAACUGGAGGAAGAAAGAAGAAAAGAAGCUGAGGCAGUGGAAGAAGAAGUUAUAGCCGAGGCACCAAAAACGUUCACAACAAAGAAACUGGCGGAGGCGUUUGAUGCUAUCAGCAGUGGCGUACGGAUGUUGGAAGAAAUGGACGUCAAUUACGAGAGAUUCACAAAAACUGACAGGCAGAUCCAGGAUGCUCUUGCCUGCUAUUGGGAAAUAUAUAAUGAAAAGAAUAACAAAUAAAUAAUCUCUAUAGUCAAAACUUGAUAUCUUCCUGAACAACACUAUGCCCGCUAAACAAUGAACAAGUGUGAUGCCCCAGUGCUUUCUCCCACUACUGGCCUGUCCCGUAAAUGACACACAAAUUACGCCCAAGUGGGACAGGCACUUCACAGCGCACACAGCCAGGCUUCAAAUACAAGUAGUAAAAAGUAGCCUUUAUUGUCAUUCAGACCUUGCGGUCUGAACGAAAUUUUGUUCCCUUGCAGUCCUACAUAUAGUAAAAAUGACAAAACACACAAUAAACACAAAUUAACAUCCACCACAGUGACUUCAACAGGCACCUCCUCACUGUGGUGGAAGGCAAAAGUCUUAAGUCUUUGUCUCAUCCCUUCUUAUUCUCCCUCUGCGCCGAGGCCGCUGCCGCUGUCCCAGCCGCCGCUGUCGUCCACUGGGCCCGCGGUCGGGUCGAGUGGCCGCUGCCGCCAGAACGUGCCCCAGCUCCGAGUUCUGGUCGCCGCUGUCCCAGCUCCGAGGCCAACCCGCCGCUGCCGCGGCUCCGAUGCCGUGUGGCCGCUGCCGCUGCCACCGUUCCGAGGCCAGGCUGCCGCUGUCGCUGUCCCCACUCCGAGGCGAGGUCGCCACUGCCACUGUCGCUGCCGCUGCUGCCGUCCCAGCCGCUGCCGCCGCCGCCACCACCAUCCCGCCGCGGUCCCAGCUCCGAUGCCGGGCGGCCGCUGCCGCUGCCCAGCUCCGAGUUCUGGUCGCCGCUGUCCCAGCCGCUGCUGCCGCUGCCCCAGCUCCGAGGCCGCCAGCUCCACCAUUAGGCCUCGGCGCAGGUGGAGACGGGGGAUAUGACAAAAGAAGUCCCCCCCCCCACA